AUGGUCGGAGUCCACGCUGGUGCUCCAGAAGGAGCGGCAGGCGUUGAUCGACCUUCGCCAUCGAUAACUGACGGUGAUGUAGUCUGUUUGGAUUCGGCGAUGAUGGUCACUGUUGAUUCCAAUCCUUUGUCGCUCCCAACUGCUUCCUUGCCGUUGAUCGCGAAGGGUAUCGCUGCAUGUUGGCCAUCAUGCAAACUAUGGACUCUGGAAUACUUGGAUGAGAUGUUAAAUGGACCCUUGUUGUUUCGUUUAGCAAAACGACAUAGCGAAACUGUGCAGUGGGAACCUGACUGUCAGACGGUUUUCGCUUCUGUUGGUGAAUUUCGUGAUUGGCUGUCCGGGGAAAAUGACUCAUGUAAUCCUUUCAACCCGUAUCCUAAGGAUUAUUGGUGGGCUUACGCUGAUUAUGUUUAUAUGAGUUCCAACGACGGAUUCGACAAGCUGUUGGUAGAUUUGCCAUACGACCAGACAUUCCAGACUUCUAACGGGAUUACAACCCCGACGUUCUGGUUGGGGUCUUCAGGCUCCAAUACACUCUGCCAUUACGAUACAUACGGUGUGAACAUAGUUGUACAGGUAUUUGGAAAAAAACAUUGGACCCUAUUUCCCAAAUCUGAUACUCCUUAUAUGUACCAAACUAGGCUUCCAUUAGAAGAAUCUACCGUUUUCAGUGAGAUCAAUUUCCCGAUUCCGGACUACCGCAAACAUCCCUUGUUGGCCCGAACCUCCCCGCGAUCGGUGGUUUUGGAACCAGGCGAUGCACUUUUUGUACCACGUGGUUGGUGGCAUUUCGUUCAGUCCACCACAGAUUGCCAGGCAACGUGUUCUGUGAAUUGGUGGAUUGAUCAGCCGGAACUAGAUGACCGCAUUCGAUUACGCGAAGCACUAACGCAGCUGGUGGGCUUUUCUCUCCUUUCUAACUGCCAAAAUGUGGAUGUAGAAUCGAAGAUACACUCUAGCGAGCGGACGUUUUUCAAUUCUGGCAACUGGUUUGCUGUCCUUUCGAAGCAAGUAGAUUUACUUGCUUCUAAGGGAAUUAACUCUGUUCCGAGUCAAAGUUUAUCGGAAAAUAUCGAUACCGUUUGGAGUAUUGUACAACCAAAAUCCCCUCAAGAAUUGUUUCCUCCUCAGUCGGAAGUCCCAAGUUCAUCAGAACCGAAAUCAUGUGCCGCCCUCAAUGAUCAAGACAUAAUAAAGGCUUUUUUGAAACCGGAUGUGAUUGACCUGGUUGCACAACAUAUUGAGAAUCGUUCUGGCGGCAAACCACUGCGGCUGAAAUGCAAAUUUCGUUCGGGCCAAUCUACUUUGUCCAACCUAACCAGCGAAUCCACUGUGCGUGACCUAUUGGCCUCUGUUAGUAUGGCCGUGGGUGUGGAUUCAUCAGAACUGUGUUUGUUCGUCGGUUUUCCUCCAAAGCCACUCUCAUGCUCGGGUGAAUUUCUCGACCGACGACUUGAUCAGAUUCCCCUUGUAUCUGGCGAUACACUCACUGUGGAUACUUUGCCGAAAGCCCAGAAUGAGAGAUCUGCUUCGACUCCAGUUUCGAAGGGUCCUCAUCUAGUCAGAUUGACGGCACCCUCAGAUAAUGCCUGUCUAUUCACCAGUGUUCUAUUUUGUGUGGACAAUGCCGAUGGACAUCAGCCAAUUGAUGUUAAGGUGGUGACAAAUGCUAUCGCGGUUGCCCAGGUUCGUGAGCUGAUUGCCAGCAUCGUGCUCAGUGAUCCAGAACGAUAUUCCGAGGCCUUUCUUGGUAUGCCAAAUGAACGUUAUUGUCAAUGUAUUCAAGAGCCGGAUCGUUGGGGCGGAGGAAUCGAAGUGGCUAUCCUGUCGCAAGUAUAUGAAAUGGAAAUAUGCCUGGUCGACAUACAGACUGGACGGAUCGACCGAUUCGGCGAAGACAAGAACUAUCGCCAUCGAAUUUUGCUAAUCUAUGAUGGGAUACACUAUGACCCUCUCGCGUUGGCUCGACCAGAUACGGGAAAAUUGACUUCGGUGUUUUCAACAAAAAACGAACAGAUUCUGUGGGAUGCACAGGCGCUUGCGGCUGAAGCUCGUGCUCAGUGGCGAUUCACAGACACCGCAUCCUUUACACUGAUUUGCCGGCAGUGCCAAGUUCCUUUGGUCGGACAAGCUGCCGCACAGCAGCAUGCAAAAGAUACAGGCCAUACCGAGUUCAGCGAAAUUCCUCCCUAACGCAACGGUGCAGCUGAAUGUAGCAGAAUUUUCCAAUUUCACAAUGAAUGAUGGGAGAGAUUGACUGACCUAUCGCUUCUCCCUACUAUACUGUUGUUUUACUCUAUCCUUUCCUUCUGCCUUGCACGCACUCAGCUCAGUGACGGUUAUAUUGCACCUUGACUUUAAACAAGCCGACCAAUGCCACGAGCUUACCUAGUAUGUUGCAGGCAAAUAGGCAUUUUUUAUUUUGGCUUGUUUGUUCAAUAAUUUGAAUAUACAGUGUUCGUG